AAAAUCUCGUUCAUCAGGAAAAAGAUCAGUGAUUUGGAGACAGACAAGAGGGAGCUGGUUGGUGUCUUUGGUAAAACCGGGGCUGGAAAGAGCUCUUUGAUAAAUGCCAUAAUUGAAGAGAAGAAUCUUUUACCUUCAGGAAGCAUCAAUGCCUGCACCUCAGUCAUGAUCAAAGUGGAAGCCAACACACACAACAAGUAUGAAGCAGAAAUUGAGUUCAUCACAAAGGAGGAGUGGAAAGAUGAGUUGUGGUCAUUUCAUCAGCUUCUUGACAAUAAUGAAAAUCAGGAAAAGGAAGACGAUGAUGAUUAUCGUGAUGCUGUUGAAAAGCUGUCAGCACUUUAUGGAGAAGAAUGGAAAGAAAAGUCUUCUGAAAACCUCAUGGAGAACAAAUAUUUCAAAGAAAUUCCAGAAUUUCUCCAAUCCAGGCGGAAGAUAUUGAGAUGUGAAUCAGCUAAUGAACUUUCUGCACAAUUUGUCAAGUACACAAGAAGUGAUUCAAAACAAGGAGAAGGUAAUGAAGGAAAAAAGUGGUUUUGGCCACUUGUGAAGUGUGUGACUGUCAGGGUGCCAAACAAUCCUUUUCUCCAGCAUGUCACACUUGUGGACCUUCCUGGAAAUGGUGACUGUAACAAGAGCAGAGAUCAGAUGUGGAAAGGGAUAGUUGGAGAUUGUUCUAUUGUGUGGAUUGUGACUGAAAUUAAUCGAGCAGCAUCAGAGAAAGAGGCCUGGGAGAUCCUGGAAAGUGUCAGUAGUCUGAUUGGAAAUGGUGGCGAAUGUCAGCAAAUUCAUUUUAUCUGCACCAAGUCUGAUCUUCUUGAUGAUUCAGAUGAUCU